UAGUAAAACAGAUAGUAUAAGAUCUCUUGUGUAGCAUUUCGUACCGAACGCUAGAUGGCUAUCACUAUUUGGUGUAACGCUUUGGCUUUCUACUGGAAGACUCAUUCUCCAGUUUAUGUUUAUUUAAAGAACAGCAUGCGCGGAGCUAGAUACUGUAGCGAACGCGCCAUUGUUUUUACCGAAACAUAUGGAGGUAAAAGUGUACUUCUCAUGGCGCUUAUCGGAGGAACGUACAUGCUUUACCAUCUUCAAGUAACGACGCAAUUAAGUAACCAUUUAUUGCAGCCUAUGGCGCAAAACAACAGCUUUCCGGCGACUGAAACUACUUUCAAUUCUAUGACCGCAAAUAAUGCCGACAGACAGCAACACAUAUUAUUUUGGACAAAAUUUUUUGGAGAAGAACUGACAUCGGCAUCCGAACUGCUCCAGAGGGCACGAUCUGGCAUAAUGGAUUGCCCCUAUUCUAACUGCAUUGUGUCGAGCGACCGGAGUCGACUGCCUCAAAGCGAUGCUGUCAUUUUUCACACAAGGGAUCAUUUGUGGGACAACCUUCCGCCAAAACGUUGGGCAUACCAAUAUUACGUGUUUUUCUUCCUGGAGUCGCCAGCUAAUACUUGGAACGACCUGAACGGUCUUUCGGGAUUUUUUAAUUUAACGUUUACUUACCGUUUGGAUUCCGAUAUUGUUUCGGACGACUAUUUUCGAUGGUUCAAGCCACAUUUUUUGAACAGCAGCAGCGAAAUUGAUCAGAUUUUACGGAACAAGACGCGCUUGGCGGCAAUAUUUGUGUCCAACUGUUACUCUAUCCCCAGCCAUCGCGACAUUUACAUUGAUAAUUUAUUGAAGUACGCCAAUAUUGAUGUCUAUGGGGCAUGUGGCACGAAAAAAUGUAACGCAAGCACACCGGAAAUCUGUGACAGACUGCUGGCGAAUUACAAGUUUUACCUUGCAUAUGAAAACAGCGUCUGUAAGGACUACGUCACAGAAAAAAUCUAUCGAGCUUUUAGUCACGACGCGGUUCCGGUUGUCUACGGUGGGGCAAAUUAUUCCGACUUGUUCCCUCCACAUUCUUUUAUCAACGUUUUGGAUUUUGCUAAUCCGGAAUCUUUGGCGGAAUAUUUGCACUUCUUGGACAACAACCCCAGCGAGUACCGGAAAUAUUUCCAGUGGCGAAUCGAUCCGGCUGCAGCGCGACUGGCAGUGCCGGAACUUAGCAAGUUAUCGUGGUGCAAAUUGUGCACGAUUCUCCAUCAGCAAAACCGAAAGCGAAAGGUCGUUUCGGAUAUGCGUCACUGGUGGCAUGUCAAGGGAUGGUGCAGGUCGCCACAAAUCCAAAAUCGUCAUUGGAUCAAAAAUCCAGUACUGCCAGUGCCGGACUACUGAAUAUUGAGGUCUUUCACUGCCAGCAUCAUUUGGCCUGUGUCAUUGAAUUCUAUGAACUGACCUUUUAAACUGCUUUGAACGCGCGGUUAGUUUUCACUUUUGGUAGCUUGCUGGUUUGGUUGGUCGUUUACUCGUUGGUGGUUUGUGUUAUGCCGAUGAUGAUUAUUACUGUUAUGCAAUUUUGUGGCAAACCUAUUCAAAAUGUUUGCUAGAUCUCCAUUUACUCAAUAGAUAAAUUUCAGCAUACAAUAUCUGAGUCCAUCUACAGGCGCCUAACGCA